AUGGCUGCUGCAAGAGAUAAUUCUAAGCCCUACAUACCUGUUGCCGGUUGUGCCGAUGAUGGCUGGUCAAAAGAAGGCCAGGCGACUGCCACAUGUUACUGUGGCGCUGUACAGUUGGCCUUUCCAACACAAGGCCCAGGCCUAAUCGACACAUUCACCUGCCACUGCACGGACUGCCGAAAAAUCACCGCAUCCAUGUUCGCGACCAAUUUCAUUGUCGCGGACACACAUCUUAAACACCUACGUGGCCAAGAAACCCUCAAAUCAUUCAGGGAGUCGAAAACCAUUGCCUCCGGCAAGGCAAUGACAAAUACUUUCUGUUCUACAUGUGGCUCACUCAUGUACCGCAUCAGUGAGGUUUUUCCAGGACACAGUAUCCUGCGUACCGGAACAGUGGAUGAUUUCACCCUGCACGAAACGAAAUUGAAGCCCAGGUUUGAGCUGUAUACCAAGGACCGGGUGGGAUGGCUUCGGGGGGCAAUUGAUGUGGCGCAGGUCGAGGGUUCAGUUUAUAGUCCAAAGUGCACCAGCCCUUCUGCACACUGA